AUGGCAGAAAAAGCUCCGGAAACUUUAACAAUACAGAACCCGGGCGAAGGCCCGGGCACUUCAGGUCAAAAAGUGCCAAACAAAUCCGAACAGUACGCGUCUCGAUUGAAUAAUUUGCAGAAAAUACAGCAGAAGAAGCAGGCUGUCUUGGGGUUGCCGCUAGAGAGAAAGUGGACCAAGUUGGCUAUUUAUUCGAAAUGCCAGGUUGAAGGUUGCGAAUGUAUGGGAUGGAAGAGGACGGAGAUGCAUUCAGACAAUCCGUGCAAAUGCAAACAUACCAUGGAACAACAUGUUCAACAUUUAAAGGAUAAAUCGGAAACAGAACUAAAUAAACUUUUGGCGAUGUGUGUUGAUGUGGAUAACAUGUUUACAGCUAUGAGCAAUGAAGAAGAUCCAGACACCAAAAAAGUGUAUCUUUAUUUGUUCAGGCUACUAAGAAAAUGCAUAAUUCUUACAUGGGAGCCCCCCGUGGUGGAGGGCCCCCUGGGUCAGCCCCCCUUCGAAGAGCCCUGCAUCCACAAAGCAGUCACCAACCUUUUGGUCUAUAAAUUUUCGCACAUAACCCAACAGGAAUGGAAAACUAUGUACGAGUUGGCGAAUAUUUUGUUCCAUUGCCUAAACACUUGGGAUUUCCCAUCGCCCAGCACACAAAAACAUAUUGUCAGCCAAGAACCUGCAACAGUAUACAAAAUUGAGUACACAAGGUGGUUGGUAUUCUGCUACGUGCCGACCUUCUGUGACUCCCUGCAGCAUUACGACACCACCAUGGUUUUCGGACGGACUCUGCUGCGUGCAGUUUUCAAGUACAUCCGAAAACAAAUCAUGGAUCAGUUUCACAGGGAACGCGAUACCAUGCCCGCCGAACGCAGGGCCAUGUUGAUGACGAACUUCCCGCCCUUUUUGAACGCCCUUGACGAGGAAAUCUACGCUACCAACUCGCCCAUAUGGGACCCGGAGUUCAAAACGUCCAGCACGCAUUACCAGGUGCUGCUGGAUUCUGCAAAGCUGAAAGUUCCCGGUAACGAGAAAACCGUCACGCCGGGCACUCCCGGAAUUUCCGGCAAGAGCAUGCGCACCACCGAUUCCACCGCGACCAGGGAAAACAAGCGCAAAAAGCUCGCGCAGGAGGAGGAGUUCCAAGACCUGCCGAUGGAAACGGUGGCCGAAAUAGUCGCCACCAUCGACGACCCCAACUACAUGACCGGCCCAGAUGUAAAAAAAAUGGUCUUCUCGGAGCACUCGGACGCCACCGACGAGGCGCCGAAGCUCGAGGAGAAGUUGAAGGUCAUCGAGAUGCACGUGGUCGGGAACAGCCUGACCGAGCCCAUCACCAAGCAAACCAUGCUGUGGCUCAUAGGCUUGCAAAACGUUUUUUCCAGGCAGCUUCCCAGAAUGCCCGUCGAAUAUAUCACGCAGCUUUUAUUCGACCCCAAACAUCGCACCAUAGCCUUGAUCAAAGACAGCAGACCUAUCGGCGGAAUAUGCUUCAGACCUUUUCCGACGCAAGGCUUCACCGAAAUAGUUUUUUGCGCCCUAACUUUCAGCGAACAAAUGAAAGGCUACGGCACGCACUUAAUGAACCACCUGAAGGACUACCACAUAUCCAAGGGUAUCCUCCACUUCCUGGCUUUCGGCGACCAAAACGCCAUCGGUUACUUCGAACGGCAGGGUUUCUCCAAAGACAUCAAAAUGAACCGCCUGCUGUACCAGGGGUACAUCAAGGAGUACGAGGGUGCUACCCUGAUGCAUUGCGAGAUGAACCCCAAAAUCGUGUACACGGAGUUCACUUCGAUAGUGAGAAGGCAGAAGAAGUUCGUGAAGCAGCUGAUCUAUCAGCAGCAGCAUAACGUGUCCAAGAUUCACCCUGGUUUGACGUUUUUUAAAGAAGGUGUCAGGAGUAUUCCGGUGGAGUCCAUACCGGGGCUGCAGGAAACAGGGUGGAAGCAAGCUACAAGAGCCACCAGAGGGCAGCAGCUUGAGGAAUCUCAAGAUAUCGAUAAUUUGGCGAAAUUGUUGAAAACAGUAUUAAAUGCGGUUGUUGCACAUGAAGACUCGUGGCCCUUUAGAGAACCAGUAAACAGAAACGUCGUCAAGGACUACUAUUUCCACAUAAAAUAUCCUAUGGAUUUAAAAACUAUGGGGGAAAGACUGAAAAACCGUUACUACGUGUCACGACGACUCUUUAUAGCCGACAUGAUGCGCAUUUUUACCAACUGCAAAAUAUUUAACUCCCCCGAAACUGAGUACUACCACUGUGCCGUCAAUUUGCAGCAGUAUUUCCAGACGAAAAUGAAGGAAAUCGGUUUGUGGGACAAAUGA